AUGAUCGCGUCGACGAACAAGCCGACGAUGGUCAAGUGGGAGCACCUGUCGUUUGUGAUUAUGGACGCGCCGAACGACAGCAAUUUGCACAUUUACCUCAAGGAGCUCAAGCGCCACAACGUCUCGGACCUCGUGCGCGCGUGUGAGGUCACGUACAGCAGCGAGUCGGUGGAGGCCGCGGGCAUUCGCGUGUCCGAGCUCGAGUUCCCCGACGGCGAGUCCCCGGACCCAAAGAUAUUGGACCAGUGGCUGGACCUGGUGGAAGCGUGUUUCAAGCAGAACGAGAUUGGCUCGAAGCACAACAAGUCCAUUGCAGUGCACUGCGUUGCUGGACUCGGGCGAGCCCCCGUGCUCGUCGCCAUCGCGUUGAUUGAGUAUGGACUGGACCCAAUAAAUGCCGUAGAGCAUAUUCGCAAGUUUCGACGUGGAGCUAUUAAUCUGCGUCAGCUCAAGUACUUGGAAAAGUAUCAAUCCCGACGUGGUCACAAGGCAAAGUGCACCAUCAUGUGA